AUGUCCACUUGCAACAACUCUAUUCCUCAGCCUUUGAUAUUUGUUCUGGCUGGAAUACCUGGCCUGGAAACUGCCCAUGGGUGGUUUUCUGUGCCUUUUUUCUUGAUAUUUGUCAUUGCGAUCAUGGGCAAUGCCACCAUCGUGUGUAUCAUCUGGAUGGAGAAGAGUCUGCACGAGCCCAUGUUCCUCCUCCUAGCCAUGCUAUCAGCAGUUGACAUGUGCUUGGUCAGUGUCAUUGUGCCCCGCAUGCUGGGCAUAUUCUGGAUGAAUGCAAAGGAAAUCGGCUUCGGUGCCUGCCUCACACAGAUGUUUUUCAUCCCUUCCUUCUAUGUCAUGGAGUCUGGGAUCCUCUUGGCCAUGGCUUUUGAUAGAUUUGUGGCUAUCUGGUACCCACUGAGAUAUAUAACCAUACUUGAUGUGAAGGUGCUUGUAAAGAUGGCACUAGCCAUCCUGGCAAGAGCAGUAGCAGUGCUAACCCCAGCACCCAUCUUGGCAAAACGACUAGAAAUUUUUCAAACCCACAUAAUUGCAUACUCCUACUGUGCCUACAUGGCUGUGGUGAUGAUAGCUUGUGGGGACAUCUCUGUCCAUAUUGCCUAUGGCCUCAUGGUUAUAGUAGCAUCAGUGGGAUUUGAUUUGUUUUUUAUCAUGCUGUCCUAUGGACUUAUCCUUCAUGCAGUCUUUCAAAUACCGUCUUGGGAAGCUCGGGGAAAAGCUUUCAGCACAUGUGGCUCUCAUCUUUGUGUUAUCGGCCUCUUUUAUUCUCCUGUUGUCUUUUCUGUCCUUGCCCAGAUUUUAGGCUACCAUAUGGCUCCCAAUCUACAGAUCAUCACUGACAACCUUUACUUCCUGGUUCCUCCCAUGGUCAAUCCUUUGAUUUAUGGGGUACGAACCAAACAAAUGAGGGAGUGGGUUUUACGUGUCUUCCAUUGUCAAACAGACUGA